AUGAUUCAACCUCAAACCCAUUUGAAUGUAGCCGAUAACAGCGGGGCCCGCGAAUUGAUGUGUAUUCGAAUCAUAGGAACUAGUAAUCGACGAUAUGCCUAUAUUGGUGACGUUAUUGUUGCUGUAAUCAAGGAAGCAGUACCAAAUACACCGUUAGAAAGAUCAGAAGUGAUCAGAGCUGUAAUCGUACGUACUUGUAAAGAACUCAAACGUAACAACGGUAUGAUAAUACAAUAUGAUGAUAAUGCUGCAGUUGUCAUUGAUCAAGAAGGAAAUCCAAAAGGAACUCGAAUUUUUGGUGCAAUUGCUCGGGAAUUGAGACAGUUAAAUUUCACUAAAAUAGUUUCAUUAGCACCCGAAGUAUUAUAA